AUGGGACUAAGAGCUAGAUACAUAACUUGACCUUUAGGUCAGCAAUUGCAGCUUACAUUCAUCACUACAGGUUUCUUAAUAUCAUUGAUCGUUGUUAUUAUAACCCAAACACAAUUAGAUUGACUAAAGUCUAAAAUGCUAGACAAAUCCGAAUCAGUUCUCAAAAGUUCUCUUAUCCCCCAUUUAUUAUUCCACAAAAAUCAGAUAGUAAUUAAAAAUUAAAAUAAUAUGUUUUGCUAUUAAAAAUGCCUGAGUUAGUCAUCAAAUGACAAUUUUAGCUAGAGAAAAAGGCAGGGUUGUAGAGCAAUACUUAAACAAUUAUUUUGAUUUGGCUUACUCAAUUCGAGAAUUAGAUGCCAUGAUGCUAGGAUUAAGAGGCUACAGCGAGCCAAUAAUAGUGCCAAAUAGCCCAGUCUGACAUGAUAAAAAUACAGACGUGAUGGUGAAAAAUCAGUAUGGAGAAACAGUAGAUUACCUCACAGGAGUUUUUAUGUCUCCUAACGAAAACUCUUUAUCAGAUGAAGGCACUGAAAUUGUAAAUGACCAUGCAGCAAUGGAUCAGCUUUAUCCCACUCUAUUCAGAAACAACACAAUUUAUGCAAUUUAUACAGGUUUUGCGACUGAUGAAAUAAUACAUGAAUAUCCAGGGAAAGUUUUCACAGACACCUCAUAUACGCCAAUUGUUGAAGAAUGGUACUAUAAAGCAGAUGAAUAUAAAGGAUACCCAGUUGUCACUGAGUCUUACACGAAUACUGAAACGAAUACGACUAUUUUUACAAUUUCAACCGCUUUAGUAGUAAAUAGUUCAACUUAUAGCGUUGCAGCUGUAGAUGUGACACUGUAUGAAUUAGAUCAGGCACUUAAGGAUGUAACUGUAUUGGAAGAUGGAUUUAUCAUACUAACUAGCCCUAAAGGAUAUACAUAAAAUGGCGACCUAAGCCUGCCCAACCGACAUCUUGACGCAAUUUUUUUUCAACCUCAUGGCAAAAGCGAAUUGGGGGCGAGGUUUCGGCCUUAUAUGUGCUUAUAUAUGUCCGGGUAGGCUUUGGCUUAAUUUCUGUGGUAAAUCCGGCAAUGUCCUUCGGGACUAUAGGUGGACUUCACCACGAUUUCAUCGUUGCGGCAUGGCCCAUUAAUUAAAUCAUUUUCCCUUAUCUGCUUCGGCAAGCACCUAGCACCAGCUGGACUCCGGGAUUUUCCCGGAUCAAGCUACUUUUCAAAUACAUCCGAAGCAGGGCCGCAGAAAUCAAUAAUCCGUCACUCAACACUCAACGCUGGAGCCUAGCAAGGCAAGGAGCAGACGUGCCUCCUUUGUGCUCACUCAUCUACCUGGUAUUAGGCAGAUUCUAGAGGAGAAGAAAGAGGCAUUCAAGCACUCUCGCAGGAGAAUCAUAAUCUCAUUCGUCCAAGCCGAGGAGUAUGGCCUCGCAAGCGGAUGAACGCUUAUGAGUCCUUGAUCAGUGAGUAGCUAAUACUGACUUCACCCAUCUGCAAUUUAAGUUUAAGGAUAAGACUAUCCUAAAGGAAUAAAUAUUAUACAGCCUUCCACAUGAGAUUAUUUAGGGACCACCGCUAAAAUUUAUGAAGUCACACUUGGGCUUAGCCAAUCUAAGUGGCUCGAUUUAGUUGUAAACCCUGACGACACUGAGUUGAAUACCUUUAAAGAUAUAAAUGGCACUGUUUAUUACUAUGUUAUUGAGCCAGUUCGCCCCUAUGCUGAUAUAACCAAUGUGACUCACUAUUUGCUGGUCUGUGCCAAGAAAGAAAAUACCCUGAAGCCUAGGGAUGAUCUUUCUAACAACUUUACAAAAAGUUACAAAAUUAUAUUCUGAGUCGUUUUUUCAAUAGCAAUCACUGUUUUCAUCAUAAUUGCUUUGUUUAUACAUUUUAUAACUUCAAAAAUCAGCGCUCAGCUUAAGAGGAUUGACAAAGUUUUCUAUAAAAUCAUAAGAAGAGGUCUAUUUUCCAGCAUAACAAAAGGCCAAAAUACCGCUAAGCUUGAAGAAUAUCAAAAUGGGAUGGAGUCCAUUGUUGAUUCAGUUCUCGAAAAGAUUGAAUUUAUCAAAUUCAAAGAAGAAAAGUUUUCUUACUACGAAUGAGGAAUAACUCGUCCUAAGGACGUAAUGAUUACCCAUAGGUGGGAAAAUAGGCUGUAUCCUCUGAACCUUCAUCAUGAUAAACAAAUGAGCUGAAGGCAUGUACUCCCAAAACUUACCAAAAUUUCAAAAAAGAAACUGAAUUCAACAUAA